AAAGGAUUAGUUCUAAACGACAAAGGAAGAGAGCGGUUGUAGUGGGCGAAGGGUGAAUGAUGUAACGUUUCAGAGCGGCUCCUGGCUUUACAUAAUCUUAACGCUACCAAAUUUACUCUGACGGACCAGGAAGUCUUUUGUUUCUGCUGUCCAGGAGCUCUUAAAGCAAAAAAAAACCCCUCAUACGCUAGCUUUAUUUCACGGUCAGUGAUGGUCAGUGCUGGUUAAAGCCUGCAGCUCAAUAUGUCUGCGACAGAUUCAGAUGCUUCCAUUGACUGGCUGGCUAGUGAUAAUGAUGACAUUGAGAGCGAACAGGAGCCUGACUGCACCAGAGAGCGCAGCCAGAUAGCGAAUCUGCCAUCCCCUAGCGCACCACCACACCUGAGCCCGUCUGACAGCUGCUGCCACCGAAACGGUGCCACGACGGAGGGUGACGACAGCAGGAGCACAGUCUCCAGCCGGGGAUCUCCGUCUGGCUGCGCAGAGACGUGGCAUGGGCUGUGUCAGAUGAAAGAGGACAAAAAAACAAACGGUAAAAAUGCUCAGGAAGCCUUGAAGAGACAACACAGCUGUGACGAAGAGAAACGGCAGCUCACUUCCAAUGUAUCGGAGAGAGAGCAUAUUUUGACCAGUAAGUGCAUGGAGCUACAGUGCUACAUUCAUCCCCUGUCAUCAAUCUUGAAUGGACUGCGAUCAGGCAGAUACAGAGAACGUCUCAGUAGUUUCCAGGAGAGCGUAGCCAUGGAUAGGAUUCAGAGGAUCAUGGGUGUGCUACAGAACCCCUGCAUGGGGGAAAAAUACAUGAAUAUUAUUCUGAAAAUGGAAGAAAUGCUGAAAACCUGGUUCCCUAAUGUUAAACUUCCAGACCGGCUCGGUGUCUCGCAGACUGUGGAGGUGGUUCCUACCAAGAAAUUGAAGAUGUCUCCAGUCACUGCAAGUGGAUCAGUGAGCACCAUCACCAUCAGCGAUCCUCCAGUGGGCACCAAAGCCCUGAGAUUCACUGACCUCACUCCUCCUGGAGCCUACUCUGCCAGUAACCUGAAGUGGCUCCACACUUCACCCAUUUGCUCCCCCACAGCAGACCAGGCCCAGGCUGGCCCCCGACACCUGCUGCCCCCAAAAGACAAAGAUGUAACGCAGGACAACGCUGUGUCCUCCAGCACAGACAGCCAUACUAAGACACACUCGGCACUCAGAGGACCUCCCCUGGGGAAAAUCAACGCACCCUGUCUAGAGAGGCUCCUUAAGUCAACUGAAAGCAUCAUCUCUUGUAAGGGGACUGGCGGGUUGAUGGACGGCAACUGGUCCUAGUGCAGAAAGAUGGUCUGGGUGUCCAACUGUAUGUGCUGCACAGUCCAACCAAGCCUUGUCCACCUCGCUGGGAGCCAGCCAGCAGACUUUGCCCAUUCCAGCCUUCAGGAGAGAGUCUUGAAAAGGAGGAUCACGGAUUAAAAACGUGGAAGGAGUGUGGACGAACACGUACUCUCUGUAGGGGAAUGUACCCUCUGUGACAUGAUGAGUGUCUGCUUCAGUUCCCUUCUGCUGACUUCUCUUUGUUUUUAGUUUGCACUCUUUGUGAGCGUGUAACAGUGGGAAGGAUAUAGAGUUGCCGGAUCACCAGAGCUUCUGAUUUUUACAGCUGAGUUGUUCCCACUGGCUUGUAGAUGCAAUAAAAGAGUUUGUGUAUCUGUGAAACCACCAUUAUGCCUGAAAGGGAGAGAGCCACAAAAGUGGUUUUUGCCGGACGGGAAUAUUUUAGGUAUCCAGACAUGUUCGUGGUCUACAUAUUGUGCUGAAAAUGUGGAUGAAUAUUGCCCCUGGCCCCAAAAUCCAUGACUCCUCAGUUAAGUUUAUUGAUGUGACUGUUAUUCAUUUGUAUUCUUUAUCAAUAAGUCUUUUGGUACAACUGUUCUACCUCAGCGGGCACCAUGUCAAGGUUAGCGAGCAGAAAUGCGAACACUACAGUUGGAAGCCCGGAUCAGAUCUGCAGAAAGCCAAGCAGCCGAUGCAGUGGAACACGUUCCGCUCGUACAUUGGAGGGCACUUUCUCUCUCUGAAUGGGGAUGCUCUUUUUGGGGGGCCUGACUGGUGCCAUCGUAACGAAUGUCAACUGCAGAUUUUUUUUUUUUUUUUUGGAGUCUCCCAGUGGAAGGCAAACAGUGCCUGUAACAUCGAGCUGUGCCUGUAAGGUGGUUCAUUCAGCACAGAGACUCGUUCAGAAUACCCGGACGUCUGUGGGAUGUACAAAUCAGCAGUUCUCAUUCUCCUGCCAUUUCCGGUAUCAAGUAAAUUAUUUUGCCAACUGCUUUCUGUGGUAGAGCAAUUAUUUUUCAUUUGCCACAGACCAAUGAUGGUACAUAUGUUUGACCAACAGAGAGGGACGAGGUAUUUCUCUGUAAUUCUUUUGGAAGGUUUGUUGAUUUACCCUGAAAAGUGGCCUUUAUUGUGUGAACUUUUAUACUUUCAAAAUAAAUGUGGUCGUCUUUGAUGCAAAA